AUGGCCGCCGCGCGGCACCGCACGCUGGACUUCCUGCUCGGCGCCCAGGCUGCCGGCGACGCCGGCGACACCGUUCUAAAGGGCCUCCGGCCCCUCUUCCGGGAGCGGGGCAUGACAGAGUCGCUGCACACCUGGCAGGACCACGGCUGCCUAGCCACCUACAUCCACAAGAACGGCAGCUUUGCCAGCCUGAGAAUUUACCCGCAUGGAUUGGUGUUGCUGGACCUUCAGAGUUACGAAGGCGAGGCGCAAGCCGAAGACGUUGACAGUCUUUUGAACAAAGUCGAAGAAAGAAUGAAAGAACUGAGUCGGGACAGCCCUGGACGGGUCAAGCGGUUGCCACCCAUAAUUCGAGGAGGGGCCAUCGACAGAUACUGGCCCACCGCCGAUGGCCGCCUGGUCGAGUACGACAUGGAUGAAGUGGUAUAUGAUGAAGAUUCACCUUAUCAGAACAUUAAAAUUCUACACUCGAGGCAGUACGGAAAUAUCCUCAUCCUGAGUGGGGACGUUAACCUGGCGGAGAGCGAUGGGGCCUACACCCGAGCCAUCACGGGCAGUGGCAAAGAGGAUUACACUGGCAAGGACGUCCUGAUCCUGGGAGGCGGAGACGGCGGCGUCUUACGCGAAAUCGUCAAACUGAAACCGAGGAUGGCCACGAUGGUAGAGAUUGACCAGAUGGUGAUUGAUGCGUGUAAGAAACACAUGCGGGAAACGUGUGGCGACGUCUUAGACCGUCUCACGGGAGACUGCUACCGGGUUCUCAUAGAAGACUGCGUUCCAGUACUGAAGAGGUUCGCCGAAGAAGGCAGGCACUUCGAUUACGUGAUUAAUGAUUUGACGGCGGUCCCAAUCUCCACAUCUCCGGAAGAAGAUUCCACAUGGGAGUUUCUCAGGCUGAUUCUUGACCUCUCGAUGAGAGUACUGAAGCAGGAUGGGAAAUAUUUUACACAGGGGAACUGUGUCAAUUUGACGGAGGCCCUCUCACUCUAUGAACAGCAGCUCGGGAGCCUCUGUUGCUCUGUGGAAUUCUCGAAGGAGGUCGUCUGCAUCCCAUCAUACUUGGAGUUGUGGGUGUUUUACACUGUUUGGAAGAAAGCUCAACCUUGAAGAUUAAUAUGCCCUUAUCCUAUAGGCUGCAGAUAGCCUUCCAGACCUUCAUAUGCUGCACAUGACAUCAAAUGGAGUCAGGCAAUUGAUGGUGAAUUUCUUCAAGUUUUCUUUUUCUAACUAUUUUGUAUCAGAAAAGCAAAUGGAA